AACACACACCAAAUUGUCUUUGGCAGCAAAUCAUGAAGUGGGGUAGGAAAAAAACUUCUUUUCCUUCUUCUUAUUCACCUUCACCACCUUGUUCUACGCCUUCUUCUUUGAUCUCUCAUGUGUUUCCCGUUUCAUGGCUUUCCAAGUUCAAGCACAAGAGUGGCAAUUCAGAACCAAAACCCAGAAAGGGAAAUCCCAAAGGCAAGUGGAAUUCUCCACCAUUGAUCAGCUCACCAAGGUACUGUGCUAGUAGUAAUGGUAAUGGCCAAUUCUAUGGUUUGGAAGCUGACGACGAUGCGUUUUGGAGGCUGUCAUUUGGACAAGAUGGUGCUGAGGAGAAGAAGAAAAUUCUCGGUAUGAAAUCAGUUUGGCAUGAUCCUAAUGAUGAGCUUCGAACUCCGGUUCCAAGUUGUCCAAACUGCAGAAGGAAAGAGGCUCAGAAGUCGAACAAGGAGAGAGAAUUGAGGUCACCAACAAGUAAUAGAACUGCAAAAGAGAGGAAAUCACGAGGAGAAUCGGGAGCUUUCGAGACGAGAAGGAAAUGCAGGUAUGUUUCUCCGGUUGGUGCGAGAAAUCCCGGCCUGAAAACGAUUGAGGAAGAAGGACUCAACUUGGAAAACAGUGAAGAACACUCCGAAGAAAACACGGGUUUUCAUUGUAAAGUUAUGAAAGAGCUGAAGAUGAAAGAGGUGAAGUCAAGGAAUGAGAAACAAAGGAAGUCUGUGUAUUUAAGCAGAGAAGAGCAGCAGAGGAAGAGAACAAAGCAGAUUAACAAAGCAAGAGCUUAUUCUCCGAGAACCGCCUCGAGGCUUGAAGUAUGCAAGGUUAAGGCUCUUGAGGACAUGAAGAAAGCCAAGUUGAAGAUGAAGAGGAAGAAGAAGAAGAAGGAGGUCAAGGAGAGAGGAACAGUUGAGCAGUCAAAGACAGGGUUGGACAGCUUUGCAGUGGUGAAGAGUUCAUUUGACCCUCAAAAAGACUUCAAAGAUUCAAUGGUUGAAAUGAUUGUGGAGAAGAAGAUGAGCAAGCCGGAGGAGCUCGAAGAACUCUUGGCUUGUUAUCUGACAUUGAAUUCUGAUGAAUACCAUGAUAUGAUCAUCAAGGUGUUCAGACAGGUAUGGUUUGAGUUGGGUCAGUCUUGUUUUAGUUCUGAAUUACAGAACGAACAAAUUUCUAGCGACUAAUUAAUUUAUGUUUUAGUUGAUUAUAUAAGCAACAUGAAAUCAACAUUGUAUAUAGGUACU